UUUGCAGUGCAUACAGUUAUAUAUUCUGUCUAUAAGGGACCUUUUUUUUCUUCCAUUGUUUGGUUUGUAAAUAAAAAUGUCUGUCAGGUUGUCAGGAAGCUUUUAUACUAGUGCUGACUUUGUUUGACAACAAUCGUUACAACUGCCUAUACAGUGCUCAAUUAAGAGGAUUCCCAAAGAGGAGAGAAGUGCUAAUACUUGACGUAGAUGCCUUAAAGAAAGCUAGGAUGGCAGAGGAGCAGAAAGAAACUUCUCAAAAUGAGACAUCAUCUGAAGUCCUCAAGGGUCCAGUUACUCAGGCAUCCAAAAGUGGUACCAAGGAAGUGUCUUUUCCUGCUUGUGGAGUGACAGGUAAAUGGGAUAAAUCACCUCAUGAAGAACAGGGUUCAAAAAACCUCCAAGUUGAAAAACGCACUUUGCAUGAAGAAACCACUACACCUUGCCCCUCUAAAGCAAUGGUAUCAGUUGGGUCCAAUCCUUCACAAAUCCGACAAGAGUCAUGUGUAGAGCAGCAGUUUUUUGAUGACAGGACAACUGGACAGCCAAGGGAUAGAGUGGACUUCGAUGGCAAGUUCUUGAGUCUCAACAAGACAUCUCCAAAUGGGGGUACAGAUGAUAGCCAGGCUCUUUGUCUUAAGUCUAAAAGAAGGGCAAUGGACACACUAAAUGUCCAAAAAGAUUCCAGAUGCAUCCAACCAAGUGAAAACAGCGGGGAAAAGAGUUCAGAAAGUGAAAUUCAAGAAAUUACCAACUUGGAAAAAAAUAUUUCUGUAUCUUCAGCCAGUGGACUCGUGAUUUCAGUUCAAACUAAUCCCAGAAAAAAAGUUUUGUCGGGGGUCAUACCAGAUGAUUCCAUUUCCAUUGUAAAGGAAAGCAAAAAUAACAUUGAAUCUACAAAAGACAGAAUUGACCAAGCUUUAGAUGAUGACCAUGAUUCUGACUAUGACCCAGAUUCUCCCUGCCAUGGAUCAGAAAGGAAGGGGAAUGAAGGUCAGUUCAUAAAUGAAACAAGAGUAAUUCAUAAUGAUGUGUCAAGCAAGCAAAAUAAAAUCGCAGUUUUGGAGAAAGGUACCCAGACAGAAGCCACCAGAGAGGCGAGCAGUAAUAAAGAGACACAAACAAUAAAGGAGGCAAUGGCUAGUGGUUUAGAUGAGAGGAAAGAAGCACCCAAUAGGAGUAAACCAUCCAAAAUUCCUCGCCCAGUAAAGAAAAGCUUCAUAGAAACACAGAAGAAACCUGCUAUGAUCUGUAUAGUUGGGUCCAGAUCUUCUCAGUCAGGUUUAUGUCAUGAAGAAAAUGAGUGUGAUGUAGAGCAGCCCAUUUGUGAAGUACAAGACAGAGAUGCUGGCAGAAAUUUAGCUGAUGGUGAGAAAGGAAUACCGAGUGGAAAAGCGAAAGCCCAGAAGGAAUCAGAAAAAUGCCUGGAUAUUUCCCAAGCAGAGUUCCAGAAAGGGAUAAACCUUGGCUUAGAGUCAGCUUUUCAAGUUAAAACUGCAACAAGCAGAACAGCAGCUUUCAAGACAAAAGCAUCCAUAACUCCUGCCCCAGUGAAGAAACAACUCAAAAGCCAAGGAGUUAUUAAGAGUGCUUGCAAACCAAGUGGAAAAAGGGGUGGUUCACAAGCAGCAAAAAUUGUGCAUGAUACUCCUCGUCCAAAACCACGUGUCUCUGAAAAAGUUAGUGAUGCUUCAGAUGGCAAGGCCCAGUUGAGAGCUAAUACUUCACCUCCCAUAAUGCAUAGAAAGAGCAAUGCAAUGAGUGGUAAAAAUAGCCCUCAUCAUAGGGUAGGACCUACCCCAAGUACACCACAUGGAGACAAGAAAAGUGAGGAGGCAAGACAGCAUCAGGGCGUGACAGCACGUAGCAAGAAAGGUUACCAUGAUUCUGUGCAGAGAAAAGGGUUCAUUCCAAGAAACAAGGAAAAAGUGGUGACAGGAGACAAGCGUGGUGACUUCCCGCCAAAAGGCUUCAGAGAAAUGCAGAAGAAGCAUGCUAAAUUAUCUAAAGUAAGGUCCACAUCCUCUCAGCCACACUUGGGUCAUGAAGGAAAUGAGACACAAGUACAUGAGACACAUGAUGUUAAGCUGCGCACCAUCACUUCAGUACACAAGAAGGAAUCAUCAGCGACACAAAAUUCUGAUACCAAAACCACUGUUAUUCCACCAAGAAAACAGAUCAGCUUGGCAAAAGAUCAACUUCAGCAAAAGGUUUCUUUUGGGGGUAUAAGGUGGCGUAAGAGUGCAUCAUCUGAGCCACUAGAUCGAGGAAAGAACAAAUCCUGCAGACAAGCAAAGAGCAAGUCGUCCGGUCCAAUGAAAACGGAAAAAGCACCAGGGAGGAACAACUCUGUUGCUGCUAUUUCCAGAGCAGAGGUCAUUGAGGAUAUAACAUGGCAUGACAGUGCAGCAUCUGAGCCUCCAGAUCGAGGAAAGAAGAAAUCCAGCACAAAAGCAAAAAGCAGUUCAUCUACUGCAAGGACAACAGAAGCAACACCAGAAGAGAACAUCUUUACCUCCAAUUCAGGAGAAGUCAUCAAGGACAACAUACAAGGGAGAAGACAAAGGGCAGAGAUCUGUGACUCACAAACUGUACCAACAGCCUUUCAUCAUCAAGUUGAAAGAAACAAUGAAGAGGAGGAGGAAGAUAAAGAAAACUCACAGACUCAACCAAAAACCUUUGGAGAUUUGGUACCUCAGACAGAGGGUUCUCAUUUCAUUCCAAACAUCCCAAAACAACCACCCUUUGCCGAAAUGGACAAUUCGUUUCUACCAGUAGAACACUCUAUCUCGGACAAUAACGUUACAGAAUCUGAUGAUGAGUUAGAUCUAGAGGAGCUUCAACAACUCCUGUAUGGUGACACAUGCAGAGUAUCACAACCUGUUGAGGGAGUGGGGUCAGAUUUUGAUGCAGACACCCAAGGUAAAAGUACAAGAUCUGGAGGAGGUGAGAUUAAUCGUAACCUGGCACUAGGGACCAGUUCAAGAUUAAACCAGGCCACCAGAGGGAAGCAUGGUGCGAAGAAUGUAGCUGAAGUAUAG